UCUAAACUGCCAGGUAAUGAUCGAGAGAGGAGCCUCUUCCUGUAUUUGCACCAGAAGAGCCACAGCCGCCCGUGUCAUGUGUAUCAGUGUAAUGCUUUCAGGGUUUGAGAUUAGCUCCAGACUGGUCGCUCUCACUCACAGAUAGGGAGCUGUGUGGUUCGUGGCAAUACUUCUCAACAGUAACCAUCCUAUUCUGGAUAUCUAUUGCAUUUGAAUUUGUUCGUUCCUUUUCAAUGUCAUAAUGGACAGGUUGCACUCCUCCAUGCGUAAAAGGCUCUACAGUUUGCCACAGCAUAUUGGACAGAAAGCUUCUAUUAUGGGCGAAGGAGAAGACGGCGACAAGGACACCCGGAGGAAGAGUAUUAGGAUGAAACCCUUGCCGUCACCAACCUCCAGAGGAAGCUUCAAAGGCAUCGGGGAGACCAGAAGUGGGGACACAGUGAUCAUGGAGACGGACAUUGGGAGACCAACGAAGACCAGUUUAAACGGAGAUUGUCGGAGAUUUCGUGGCAGUCUCUCCUCCAUCACCAGUCGGCAUGUGCACGACUCAGACUCGGCGGAGGAGAGGCACCUCAUCACAGAGGGGGACGUCACCCCGAGCGAGGAGAGCCCUCCCGGAGCUAUUGGCGGUGGGGCGGACCAAGGUGCGCAAGGCGCCAGUGGUGGUGGUGCUGGUGGUGCCCAACAUGCUUCUCUUGACCAGGAAUCAGGGUUCAUAAAGUUGGAUGGCAUUGAUCAAAUUUCCCCGGACGACGAGAGAUUGUACCAGGCAGGAUUCAUACACAGGCAGUUUGGGGCAAUGCUGCAACCGGGGGUCAACAAGUUCUCCCUGAGGAUGUUUGGGAGCGAAAAGGCAGUGGAACGGGAACAGGAGCGGGUUAAAUCCGCCGGAUUUUGGAUAAUUCAUCCUUACAGUGAUUUCAGGUUCUACUGGGACCUGACCAUGCUGCUGCUGAUGGUGGGGAACCUGAUCGUCAUCCCGGUGGGCAUCACCUUCUUCAAAGACGAACACACGCCCCCCUGGAUCAUCUUCAACGUGAUCUCAGACACCUUCUUCCUUAUGGACCUGGUGCUCAACUUCCGUACUGGCAUCGUCAAGGAGGACAACACCGAGAUCAUCCUGGACCCACAACAGAUCAAGAUCAAGUACCUGAGGAGCUGGUUCGUGGUGGACUUCAUCUCCUCUAUACCUGUGGACUACAUCUUCCUCAUCGUGGAGACACGCAUCGACUCAGACUUCUACAAGACGGCCCGGGCGCUGAGGAUCGUCCGCUUCACCAAGAUCCUCAGCCUGCUCAGACUGCUCAGGCUGUCCAGGCUCAUCAGAUACAUCCACCAGUGGGAGGAGAUCUUCCAUAUGACCUAUGACCUGGCCAGUGCCAUGGUGCGUAUCGUCAACCUGAUUGGUAUGAUGCUGCUUCUAUGCCACUGGGACGGAUGUCUGCAGUUCCUGGUUCCCAUGCUGCAGGACUUCCCCCAGGACUGCUGGGUGUCCAAAAACAAAAUGGUGAACGACACAUGGGGACAGCAGUACUCCUACGCCCUGUUCAAAGCCAUGAGCCACAUGCUGUGUAUCGGGUACGGCAUGUACCCACCUGUGGGCAUGACGGACGUGUGGCUCACCAUCCUCAGCAUGAUCGUGGGCGCCACCUGCUAUGCCAUGUUCGUGGGUCACGCCACCGCACUCAUCCAGUCUCUGGACUCCUCCCGUCGGCAGUACCAGGAGAAGUACAAACAGGUGGAGCAGUACAUGUCCUUCCACAAGCUGCCGGCUGAUAUGAGGCAGAGGAUCCAUGACUACUACGAGCAUCGCUACCAAGGCAAGAUGUUUGACGAGGAGAGCAUCCUGGGAGAACUCAACGAGCCACUCAGAGAGGAAAUCAUUAACUUUAACUGUCGAAAGCUGGUGGCUUCCAUGCCACUGUUUGCCAACGCGGACCCCAACUUUGUGACCUCCAUGCUGACCAAGCUGCGCUUCGAGGUGUUCCAGCCCGGAGACUACAUCAUCAGAGAGGGCACCAUCGGCAAGAAGAUGUACUUCAUCCAGCACGGAGUGGUCAGCGUUCUCACCAAGGGCAACAAGGAAACCAAGCUCUCAGACGGAUCCUACUUCGGGGAGAUCUGUCUGUUGACGCGGGGUAGAAGGACAGCCAGCGUCAGAGCGGACACCUACUGCCGUCUGUACUCUCUGUCUGUGGACAACUUCAACGAGGUCCUGGAAGAGUAUCCCAUGAUGAGACGGGCCUUCGAGACCGUGGCUCUGGACCGGCUGGACCGCAUAGGGAAGAAGAACUCCCUCCUGCAGCACAAGGUGCAGCACGACCUGAGCUCCGGUGUUCUCAACUACCAGGAGAACGAGAUCAUCCAGCAGAUUGUGCAGCAUGACAGAGACAUGGCCACCUGCGCCCACCUCCUCCAGAACAUUCCUCCACCUCAGCCCCCGUCUCCGGGGCACACCCCCGUCAUCUGGGCUCCCCUCAUCCAGGCACCCCUGCAGGCUGCUGCCGCCACCACCUCUGUGGCCAUCGCCUUGACGCACCACCCCCACCUCCCACACCUCCCCUCCACGCUCUUCCGCCCACCGGUCACGGUCCUGGGCUCCAGGAACCUCCAGGACCCUCCCCCCGGCCGGCUGAAGAAGUUCCACACGUCGGCGCCCACCUCCUUCAUGGGACCUGACUCCCCCUCCAGCACCCCAUCUAAACUGCACUGCUCUGGGAUGGAUACAGCCCUGCUGGCCUCCUUCCGGGCCCACCACACGACUCAGGGGUCAGGGGCAGCCAGCUCCAGUCAGCAGGCGUCCAGCAGCAGUGGAACCCAGCCUGGGCCUAGUGGGGCCUCCGCCUUUCCCUUUGGGCCUUUCUCCUCCUCCGGGGGCUCUCCCUCCCACAGCACGGCCCAGCUCCAUUCACAGCCCCAGACGCAGCAGCCAUUCCGCUGCACCACCCCGCCUCUCGCUGCCCUCUUCCAGCAGGGAGCUGUGGGGGGAGCAGGGAUGGGUGGAGCAACAGGGGGAGCUACUGGGGGGGCUACAGGUUGGUCUUCAGGAGGCGCUAUUGAAGGUGAAGUAGGAGGAGCAAUAGGAGGGGCUGAUGAGAGGGCCACAGGUGGGACAAUAAGAAGGGCCACUAGUUGGGGUAGACGUGGAUCUAUAGAAGGAUAUACCACUGGAGGGCAUAUAGGAGGAGCCACUGGGGGGUACUCAGGAGGAGCUAGUGGUGGGCACAUUAGAGGAACUAGUGGAGGCCAUAUACGAGCUACUGGUGGAGCAAUGGGAGGGGCAGCUGGAGGGCAUAUAGGAGGGGCAAUGGGAGGGGCUAUAGGUGGAAUGACAAUUGGAGUUCUGGGUACCUCUAGUUCUGGUUGUAGUAUCAGCCCCCAGUCCACUGGUUCAUCCGGCAACAUUCAGUCCUGUCAACUGCUCCACAGCCAGCUGCCCCUAAAUCCUCCACAGGUGGGCUCCCUGCAGCAGUUUGCAGGCGGGGGCAGGACUCCUAGUGCAUUCUACCACUCCCCACCUCCAGGCUCCCCAUCCUCCUCCUCCACCCUGCAGGCCCCAGAGGGUUCCCCAUCUCCCUUGGCCCAGUUCAGCCUGGCAGGCUUACAGUCUGGACUUCAGUCUGGCCUCCAGUCUGGCCUGGUCCCUCAGCUGUCCCUGGAGAGGUCUGCCCUGGCCUCGUUGGCCCAGUACGGCUCAGCUAACGGCUCGCCCUGCUACACCCCCCUGGGGCCUAGCCCCACGGUCCAAAGCCCAGUCACAGGAAGGACUUUCCACUACAGCGACUCCUCCAGUGCCACUGGGUCCCACAGCUCUCUGCUCAUGCCCCAGACCUCCCUCCCCAGCCAGCAGCACGCAGCCGGCAGUGAAUCUCUGCUGGGGCUGGGCAGCUUCUCUGAGGAUAUGAAACUAUUGUCCUGUUCUAACCCCUCCCUGCCCCAGGAUGUGGCCCAGGCCAUGGGAUACUCCUCACUCCCACGUUCCUCACCCUCUCGCAGCUCGCCCCCACGCUCCUCACCGCCUCGCAGCUCGCCUCCACGCUCCUCACCCCCGCGCUCCUCCAUGGAGCCAGGAUACUGUCUCUCCUCGCCCUACUCCUCCCCCAUCCUAGUGCCCAAACCCUGUAGCUCGGUGUCAGGACACAUGGCUCCUCCUGUCCCUGCCCAGAUGUCUCCAGGACACCUGCAGCACCAGACUCAGUCCCCCGUGGCCUCCCCGGCCCUGCCGCCACGGAAAGGCUCGGCAUCCCACUCUGAACUAGAACCUGUCCGCUCCAAACUAACCUCCAAUUUGUGAGGUUUGAUCACACCCUCCCUGGACUAGUACACAAACAAUCUUCCUGUAUGAUGUCAUUCUCUUCUAGGCUUCACUGUGUUCUAAUCGUUAUCAUUUCCACCAUCUUAAUAUUACUGUGAUUUAAAAGAUGACACUUAACCAGGUAACUUCUAGCUCCCUAGACUACUACACUUUGUUUUUGUUUUGUCCUUCUCCCUUUUUUAUUCAUACGUAUAUACAUAGAAAUAUAUUUAAAAGAUAUGCUAAUCAAUAGACAGGAGAGUGUGAACAGAAAAUGAUAUCCAUUUAAGAGAUGGUCAUUUCUUUGUUUCUAACUAUGCCAAAUUCAUAUGACGGGGUUUGGUUUGAUGGUUAGAUGGACAACACAAUAGUACUUUUUUGCAGGAACCUAUGCACUAAUACCUGCAUGUAUAGAUGCUUUUUUGUGUGUUUUAAAAGAACAGAAUCAACCUUUUCAGUGGCAAAUACAUGCUUCAAUAAGAGCAGACUGACUUAUUUUUUAAUUCCAUACAGGAUCACAUGUUGUUGAUCCUUUAUCAACUAUUAUCAAUGAGAUGACUUAUUUAUCCACUCUAUAGACUUCACGAAAUCUUCCGAGGUGGAGAAGAGAUUUUAGGAAACCAAAAAUAAUUUGUCUCCCCUUUGGCCUGUGUGUUGUUGUAUUGUCGUAAUAUUGGGGGGUGUUGAGUGGGCUACAGGCCCUCCAUCCCUGUAGGGAGACAGACAUCAAGUAUGAUGUGUUAGUGAUAGGCUUCCUGCAGUGUCCUCAACCCUGUCCUAACAAAUUCACUUUGUCUUCCAAGCUCUUUCAUGCCGCAAAUGUUUUGGAUGGACAAGGACAAGUUGAGCCCUGCAAUCUGUGUGCUAGUGGACAGAGUGUGUGCAUUUAUGUGUGUGUGUGAUAGUGACUGAGUGUGAGUGUGUGUUUGAGUGAUUGUCUGUGUGUUUAAGAGAGAAAGAGAGCGAGAGUAGUCUAAUGCAGGAGAAGACUAACCAAGGAGGGUUUUGCCUUUUCACAAAACUAGGACGACCAUCCCAGCUUGUGUGUGGAGUUGUGUACCUACAGGACUCUUCAAUCUCUCAAUGCUAGAAAACACUACACUCACUAGUGCUCCCAGAGCCGUCAAUCACACAUACUUCACAGUCAGAUAAUGUAGCGAACACACAGGAAAUAGACCAUUUGGACAUAAGCAAUUACGUUUGUUAUUGUAAUGAUAUCAGAUACCUGUUGAAGUGCUGCUUGAUAGAAAAGAUCUUACCACUCCACAUUACUACCCACAGCUGCUAGACGGUCAACAUUGACUGCCAGUGUUGAGUUGAACAUGUUGAAUGUAUGCGCGUUUCAUGAAUGUUUUAUUUAGAAUAAAUAUGGGUCAUGCGGUUUUACAUCAAGGAGGUACAGACAGAAAGACGGGUCGUGAUGGAAUAGAAAUGGUAGUUGUGGACAAUUUCAUAGACCUGUAUGUUGAGGUUAAUCCCAGCGGACAAGAAUGGUUGAAAUGACUUCAUUUCAACCAACCAGCUGUAUGCCUGGCUGUGUGUUCUGUAUAGAUAGGUAGCAGUAAUCACCUCUGCUUCUCUCCACAGCCCAUCCCUCUCCUGCUCUCCUGCCCAUCAUAAGGAGCAACAUGUUACCCUGGGUUCAAGACAGCUGGGUCCAUCUCUAUCUCAGUCACACCACUCAGACACAACACUCUUUUUAACAACACAGCCCCUGACCUCUGACCCGUGUAGGCCAGCAUGGGCUAGUUGACAGAAGUGCACAGUGACCACACUCUAGUCCCUCAUUACUACCUCCCUCAGCAGGCCUGUAUCAAGGGCUAACCACACACACGCACACACACACACACACACACACACACACACACACACACACACACACACACACACACACACACACACACACACACACACACACACACACACACACACACACACACACACACACACACACACACACACACACACACACACACACACACACACACACACACCCAGGCACAUGGACAUGCCCACACUCAUGCACAUGCAUACACACACACAAGCCUUGGCAGUCUCCCAGUGCAAAUCGCAGUGUUGAAUUGAAUUAAUUUGAACAGAACAGUAAGAUAUUUAUUAAUUAAAAGGGCUUUUAAAAUGAGUUCUGUUCUCCUAUUGGAGUGAAUGCAGAUCUAAAGUAUCGGUUUUAAAUCGUCUCUCUUUCUCUCCCUCCCUCUGUUUGUUGUUGUUGUUUUACACCUGGUCUUCUUCUGCAGCGAGGCGCUAUAUAUCUAGAAAUAUCUGAAAUAUUUAUUCACUGUCUGUGUCUGUCUGGCAUGUGGCACAUGACUCCCUGACAAGCCGGGUUGACAGUGGGAAACCCACAGACAUCACCUCAGACAGACAGACAGGGAGGGAUUUAUUCUCUCAGAUAGAACACUCAGCAGCGUGAUUGGCUGGACACAGGGAGGGAACAGGGAAGUGAUCAGCUCCAGCAGGGGAAUAUUAAUGUCUGUAGUGUUUACAGUGCAAUCGUUAAAGACUGUGACUGCUGGAGCUGUUAAAACACAAAGCCAAUAGACUGCCGUGGCUGUUUCACAUCUGAACAAAAAAACAACAAGAACCUCAACCGGUUUGUUUAUUUUCCACAAUAUGACCUUAUUAAGUCCAAGAGUUGGGAAAUGUGACUACUUUGGAUCGGGGUUGAGGGAGCUAGUGGUUGAGACAGAGGAGUAAAUGUGAGGAGACACUGAUAGAUUGGAGGAAUGACGUGGUUGGACAGACGGUCAGGGCGCUGACAGGUAGACAGCCAGCCCAUGGGGUUCGCAGGCUGACGAGCUGCUUGUUUUCUGGGGGACGUUGAAGGCAUGUCAACCCUGCCUUAUGAUUGUUCCUGAGCGCUGGUGUAGGUUUGUGGGAGGGAGGAGGAUAUUGAUUUGUGGGUACUUGAGGCAGAUUUUGGGUGUUGCUAAGGUAAUGGUGUGUGUGCCUGUGCGUUUGUACAUGUGUGUCUGUAGGAGAGAUCGCAACCCAUCGUUCUCAACCCAGUGCCAGGGUCGAUGUCUGGGAGUGGUCGGUGUCUGAAGAUGGGUGGGCAGGGGAGGCACAGGUCAUGGCUUAAAGAGAGAUAGGCGCAAGACAGUGAUCGAUUAGCUGGGUCUGGACCUGAAAGACCUGGGACGUUAUCACAGAUAAGGAGGUGCAUAGUGUGUCAAUCAUUCCAGUCUGCCGCUGUCAUUCAGGGAGCUGUCAGUGUCCCGUCUGAAUGUACAUGACUCUGUCUCUCACCUAGGCCACACCUCCAUAACACUGAACUGUCUGGUCUUCCUUUGAUGCUAUUUGUUCUUCAAGUGGAUUUGGUUAUCUUUGGCCAUGUCUACACUUAACACUUACAUGCAACUUCUGCUAUCAGGAUAGGAAGAUCGCAUUGAAAAGACGGGUCUAGAUGCACAACAGUCCCAGUGGCCCGAUUGUGUUCAGAUCUGCCUGACCACUUCAGGAGGUGGUCAGGGACGUAUUGUGUGCAGAUUUCUCCUCAGUCUGGACACAAUCAGGCUACCGAAAGUUCAUACAGUGGGCAACGUCAUCAGCACUCUGCCCACAAGUCUCCAGAAAACGUGUGUUUUGGGUGCGAGAGGCACCUUUUCAUAAUAAUGUUGGAGGAAAUACAUACCUAGCAUGGGAGGAACGCAUUUACUGGCUUCAUAAAUGCUAGCCAGCUAGCUAAAAUAAAUAAAAACACAAUGUUUUGUUUGGCUAGAGUUAUGCUAACCCGUUUGCAAUCGCUUUAGCUUUGCUAGCUAGCUUGCUGGUUAGUUACAGAGGUUAGUUGGCUAGCUACAGCAGUUGGCUACUGCCAUCAAGUUGUUUUGUUAAUAUCAGAUUUAGCCUGUUCCAACAUUUGCAGAAUGUAUACCGCAUUUGAAUAUAGGGAAAAGGGAACCCGGACACAAUGUGGACACGGUAGACAUUUAAAUGUAGGUGUAGAGGUAUGAGGUGUUCAGAAUUGAUCAGAACUCCAUGAUCAGAAUACAAAAGCUGCAUGAACUGUCAAGUCUAGACAUGGCCUUUGAUUAAUUGCUGCUGAUAAAUGUGUAGCUUUCUAUAGAUUGUCUUUAAGGAUGUCUGUGGGGAACAGAGGCAAACAGAGGCAUACCAACUUCAUGUCCUUGGAGAUUUCAGAGCUCAUCCAUAAAGACCAUCUAUAGUAGACUAUAAAUAGACUUAAUUCUACAAAACAGUGAACUGUGUUUGAAUUCUACAUAUCAGAGACUGACUCAAUAUACAGUAGAGCUAUUUCCAUUCCAUUUCCCUUUUACCAUCCAUCCAACAUGGGAAGGUUGAUGUGUUGUGGAAUGCCAGAGAAUGCAUAUGAAGGACAUAUCAAGGUACAGUGAGAGCGUGGCAAAUAAAGACUACUCAAUCCAAAUACAAACAGCCCCUCCAUUCUGAAUUCAUUUCAGGGUAGGCAGACAUAACCCUUGGAUGUUGUCUUUCUGUAAUUCAGUAAAAACAGACCAAACAAGUUUUCUGUAGAAUGGCAGGGUGGAAGUUCAUUCUCCUUCCUUCUGCCUGCAGAUGUAUGUCAUUGUGUUCACCUCUGUCCAGAUCACUCCAGGGCCUUAGUGUGUUAGCAUGCUCUGGUCCUAUAGCACUAGCCAGGGCUGGAGAGCUGGAGGAAGUGGAGGGAAUGGGAUUCUGUGCUGCUGUUGUAGUGCUUCAUCCCGGACUCUUGUCUGUAUGGGAGACUUGGAGAAGCUUCUCCUGGCAUACCCAGCAGCAUUUCACAUUCAGGGCGGUCUCUAUAACACAACACAUUUUGAUUCCAUUUGGACCACUCCCAAUUUCCGAACCUAAUCUUUGCCUCCCCACUUCCCAUUGUGCUGUAUUACUGGGCCGUGAAUGUGGGUGGGGGAAUCCAGUGGUGCACACUAAAAGGAAAUCAGCUGCAGUGAUUGAGGAUUAGAGGUAACAGCAGCAGAAUUGAACCUGCUAUUUCGGAGGCUGGGAGGAGAGAAACCGUUGUGUUUACUAGACGCCUUCAUAACUCAUUUAGAACCACAGAUUCAUUCUUAACCUUCAACAAACAAACCAUCCCAUCCUAUGUAGGCAUCUGAGGCAGGGACACAUGUAGCAACAUAUUUCAAAUAGAGAAAUUGAAUGUGGUUAAAACUACUGUUUAUGGCAGGGCCUGAUGCAACUGACCUCUUUUCCACUCUACUUCGGUCAGAUAGAAUAACAUGAAAAUGAUGUGAGUUUAAUCCCUAAGUAUGCUGUUGGGAGCAGUGUUAAGGGUGCAACCCGGAUAUGGCCCAGUUUAGUGAGAGUGUAGCAUGUGAGUGCGUCAAAUCAAGGAUGGGUGGUACGCAUGAGUGUGCAAUUCAGAACCGCAUCACCUAGCAACACAGAGGCGUCAUGGGUGUUAGUCAAACAAGGCUGCUUUGGAGCAAGACCCUCCAGUUCUCCUCACUGGCCUAGGGGGGAAAGGGCAUACAGUACAUGAAGUGGAGGUGAACCAACCUGCUUCUCUCUCUUACUGUAGCUUUCGUCUUGCUGAACUAUGUAUAUCUCACAUACUCUGAUGAUACUUAGGAUCAUAUGUCAAUGUAUAUUUGCGUAUACAGAUUUAUAUAUUUCCAUAGGACCUAUUUAUAUUUCUGUAUUUAUUUUAGAUUCUUAAGUGACGUCAUCAUCACCAUGAUAAAGAUAAGCAAUGUUCACCAAACUGUGUGUGUGUACAGAUUCAUAUCAUCAUUGUGGUUUUUAAAAGAAACACAUUGUUUGCAUUGUAUAAUCUCUUUGACUUUGGUAAUGUGCAGGAGUGGGACAUGACGCUCUACGGUACAUCACUCUCUAUCAGAUGGCUUUGUUCUGUUUUGUAACCGCAGUGACAGUCCCACAGCUCUCACACAGACACAUCUCUGCGGAGGACAGUAUUUUUGACCUCGUUGCUAUUGAUCAAUGGAUAUCAAUAUAUAUUUGCUGUGUUUAAAAUGGGAACCAUGGGAUAUAGCAAUAAGGGAGAUGUACAGGUAUGUUGUGACUGGCUGUGUUUACCAGGCACUGUGCUAUCAGCACGACCAGCGCUGUCCAGUAACAAUGUGGAUGAUGAGGGGGGAACAAAGCAUAAAUGGGGUUGUUGAUAAGCACACAUACUGGAUAAUAUUACAAAAGGUAUCGAAUAAAAU